UUGGAAUAUUAGAGGUUAUGUAGGGUUAUGUAGGUUAUAUGUAUAGCUGUCUACAAGAUAGUGAAAAAUUCAUAAAUACCUCUGAAAUGGACAGUGUUUUACCAGGCUUCGAAAAUUUGGAUACGUUUAAAGUUUCCGAAGACCUACAAAAUGAUACGGUUAAAAAAAAAUCUAAGAAAGGUGGAGGAUUUCAAACAAUGGGUUUAAGUUUUAACGUUUUAAAAGGAAUAACAAAACGUGGUUAUAAAGUACCAACACCAAUUCAACGAAAAUCUAUACCGCUCGUAAUGGAAGGACGCGAUGUUGUUGCUAUGGCUCGAACUGGAAGUGGUAAAACAGCAUGUUUCUUAAUUCCUCUCUUUGAAAAACUUAAAAUGCGAAUUGCUAAAGCAGGUGCCAGAGCACUUAUACUUUCACCUACAAGGGAGCUAGUUUUACAAACGUUUAAAUUUAUUAAAGAACUGGGAAAAUUUACUGGAUUAAAAGCAGCAGUUGUCCUAGGAGGAGAUUCAAUGGAAGAACAAUUUUCGUCUAUUCAUGGUAAUCCAGAUGUUAUAGUAGCUACUCCAGGCAGAUUUUUACAUGUCUGCAUAGAGAUGGAUCUAAAAUUAAAAAGUAUUGAAUAUGUUGUAUUUGAUGAAGCAGACAGACUAUUUGAAAUGGGAUUUGGAGAACAGCUUACUGAGAUUGUUAACAGAUUACCAGAUUCGAGACAAACUGUUCUUUUUUCUGCUACACUUCCUAAAGUACUUGUGGAUUUUGCAAAAGCUGGCUUGAGUGAUCCUGUGUUAAUAAGAUUGGAUGUUGAAUCAAAACUACCCACUGAGUUGAAGUUACUAUUUUUAAUUGUACGUCCUGAGGAAAAAGUUGCAGCUCUACUUAUGUUACUGAAAAGUCAUAUUGAUAGUAAACAACAAACAGUUGUUUUUGUUGCAACAAAACACCAUGUUGAAUAUUUACAUUCGAUACUAGAUUAUUGUGGCAUAAGUAACACGUAUAUCUAUUCAAACUUGGAUCCAUCAGCUAGAAAAAUUCACGCAGCAAAAUUUACAACAGGAAAAGUUAAGGUUUUAGUUGUAACAGAUGUUGCUGCUAGAGGAAUUGAUAUACCCCAGCUAGAUAAUGUAAUUAACUUUAACUUUCCUGCAAAAUCAAAACUUUUUGUGCAUCGAGUCGGUCGUUGUGCACGAGCUGGCAGAACCGGAACUGCCUAUUCAUUAGUAACACCAGAUGAGUAUGCAUAUCUUUUAGNUAUAAAGUAA